GGCAGAGGCUAUAAAUGCACGGGCCACUGCUGGGCCCCACAGGAGCAGCUGCCAGGGGCGCCAGAGUUGUGGGCCGUGAGGCCGGGAUGAGCACCAGCACAGGCGGUGGUGGCGGUGGGGACAGUGGUGGCAGCAGCAGCAGCAGCUCACAGGCCUCCUGCGGGCCUGGGUCCUCAGGCUCUGAAUUAGCACCAGCCCCACCAGCACCUCGGAUGCUGCAGGGGCUCUUGGGCUCUGAUGACGAGGAACAGGAAGACCCCAAGGACUACUGCAAGGGCGGUUAUUACCCUGUGAAGAUUGGUGACCUGUUCAAUGGACGGUACCACGUGGUGCGGAAGCUGGGCUGGGGCCAUUUCUCCACUGUCUGGCUCUGCUGGGAUAUCCAGCGCAAGCGCUUUGUUGCCCUGAAAGUGGUGAAGAGCGCAGGACAUUACACGGAGACAGCUGUGGAUGAGAUCAAGCUCCUGAAAUGUGUCCGGGACAGCGACCCUAGUGAUCCCAAAAGAGAGACCAUUGUUCAGCUUAUUGACGACUUCAGGAUCUCAGGGGUUAAUGGAGUCCAUGUGUGCAUGGUGCUCGAGGUCCUGGGCCACCAGCUCCUCAAGUGGAUAAUCAAGUCCAACUACCAGGGUCUGCCUGUGCCCUGUGUAAAGAGCAUCGUGAGGCAGGUGCUGCAUGGCCUGGACUAUCUCCAUACCAAGUGCAAGAUCAUCCACACAGACAUCAAGCCCGAGAACAUUCUACUGUGUGUUGGUGACGCCUACAUCAGGCGCCUAGCUGCUGAGGCCACAGAAUGGCAGCAGUCAGGGGCCCCGCCCCCGUCCCGCUCUACAGUCAGCACUGCCCCACAGGAGAUCUUGACUGGUAAGCUGUCCAAAAACAAGAGGAAGAAGAUGAGGCGCAAACGAAAACAGCAGAAGCGGCUGCUGGAGGAGCGGCUGCGGGACCUGCAGAGGCUGGAGGCCAUGGAGGCCGCAGCCCAGGCCGAGGACCCCGGCUCAAGAUUAGAGGGGGGCAGCGGCUCUACCUCAUCUUCAGGCUGCCACCCUGGGGGCACCAGGGCCGGCCUCUCCCCAGCCUCCUCCUCCCCUGCCCCUGGGGGCGACCGCAGUCUCAGCCCCAGCUCACAGACCUCAGGCUUCUCGGGCUCCCUGUUUUCGACGGCCUCCUGCUCCAUCCUCUCAGGCUCCUCUAAUCAGCGUGAGACUGGAGGUCUCCUAUCACCCAGCAGACCAUUUGGUGCUUCAAAUCUCCUGGUGAACCCCCUGGAGCCCCAAAAUGCAGACAAGAUCAAGAUCAAGAUCGCAGACCUAGGCAAUGCCUGCUGGGUGCACAAGCACUUCACUGAGGACAUUCAGACUCGGCAGUACCGGGCCGUGGAGGUGCUGAUUGGCGCAGAGUAUGGUCCCCCAGCAGACAUCUGGAGUACAGCAUGCAUGGCCUUCGAGCUGGCCACUGGUGAUUACCUGUUUGAGCCUCACUCUGGAGAAGACUACAGUCGUGAUGAGGACCAUAUCGCUCACAUCGUGGAGCUUCUGGGAGACAUCCCCCCAGCCUUUGCCCUCUCAGGCCGUUAUUCCCGGGAGUUCUUCAACCGGAGAGGAGAGCUGCGGCACAUCCACAACCUCAAGCACUGGGGCCUGUACGAGGUGCUGAUGGAGAAGUACGAGUGGCCCUUGGAGCAGGCCACACAGUUCAGCGCCUUCCUGCUGCCCAUGAUGGAGUACAUCCCUGAGAAGCGGGCCAGUGCUGCUGACUGCCUCCAGCAUCCCUGGCUCAACCCCUAGUCCUGCUGUGGCUGUGGGCCAGGCCAGUUUUGCCAUAGUUCUCAGUGCCUUGAAGGAAAGCAGGAGCUGCCCUCACCCACCCUGCUGGGUGCCGGCUUUCUCACUCCCCAUGCAGGGCAGAGAUGCUGAGGUCAAGCCCAUGUCUUAGAGUGUGUCUGAGGACCUAGAGGGUCCUCUGGGUGGGAAAGUGUUUCUUUCUUAAUAAAGUGUGAACUGAAACACCAGUGUCCCAGAGU